UUUCGCGACAAGGUUGUUGUACCGAAACAAACUCAGAUCAAAAGUCGCAUCCCGCUACGCAAUCUCACUCGGGAGAAUCUGGGGCUACUUUCAACUAGGCGGGCAUAGGCAGGCGCUACUCAUCUUUUGGGCCUUCGUUGAAGGCUUGCGCAUCUUCGAAGCAACGGGGGCUGGGUUCAUCAACAAUCUUUCCAACCAUGGCCAACGAAGAACAAAUCGCGGCCGAAGUCGAAGACGUCCCGACCGAAUUGAAGCAAGAGGCAUCGGAAACCACUGCCUUGGCGGAAGGUAGCGCGGAUGUACCGGUAGAAUCAGAGCCAGCCGCGGAAGACACUAGCACUCCUGCAGAAGCCACAGUCACCGUCGAAGCCAACCCUCUAGAUGCGCCAAAGUCACCAGCUCCGCAAGAUAAAGCGAACGGGGAGCCAGAGGAUGCUGAAAUGGGCGGUGUUGACGAGGAUGCAAAGGUUGAGGAUGGUGAUGUGGAUAAAGAAAACGCCGAAGAAUCCCAAGAAACACCAGCAAAUGCGAAUGGCACAGACGCUCAGUCCGCAGAAGCAAAAACUGCAUUGGAAGCUGCCGCGAGUUCACAUCUAGUAGCGCAAACGCACCAGAUCAUCCUACCCAGCUACAGCACAUGGUUUGACAUGGCAACAAUACACCCACUUGAAAAGAAGUCCUUGCCGGAAUUCUUCAACAGUCGGAACCGAAGCAAAACACCAGCCGUCUACAAAGACUACCGCGACUUCAUGAUCAACACUUACCGACUCAAUCCUGUUGAAUACCUCACAGUAACUGCCUGCCGGAGAAACCUGGCGGGAGAUGUUUGCGCCAUUAUGCGGGUACACGCCUUUCUGGAACAAUGGGGUCUCAUUAACUACCAGGUUGAUCCGCAAACUCGUCCUGCCAACAUUGGGCCUCCUUUCACCGGUCAUUUUAGAGUGACAGCAGACACGCCUCGAGGAUUACAGCCCUUCCAACCGGCACAAAACGCAGUGGUUACCCCCGGCAAACCUCAUUCGUCUACCGACCGAGCAAAAUCAGCGACUCCCGCCUCUAAAGGAGACCUGAACCUUGAACUCAGGCGAAACAUUUAUGAUGACAAGGGCAAAGAGAUCAAAACGAGUGAAGAGCCGGAGAAGCAGACAAAUGGCGAGGGAGCGACGGCCAAUGGCGCGACUAAAGCAAUGGAUGCGGCUGCCAGAGAACCAGCCAAGACCUUCAACUGCUAUGCCUGUGGCGUUGACUGCACGCGGUCUCGUUUCCACUACGCAAAGUCUGACCCUGUAUCGAGUAACGCCCAGGAGAUCAAGUAUGACCUAUGUCCGAACUGCUACUUCCAGUCCAGGAUGCCCAGCAAUCACCGAUCGUCGGAUUUCGUCAAGAUGGAAGAGCCUGCAUAUUCACAUAUUCCGGACAAAGAUGCGCCGUGGACAGAUUCCGAAACCUUGCUGCUACUGGAAGCUCUAGAGACGUUCGACGACAAUUGGGAGGCAGUCUCGAAACAUGUUGGCACGAGAACGAGAGAGGAAUGCGUGCUGAAGUUCUUGCAAAUGGACAUCCAAGAUCAAUAUCUGGAAGACGGACCCUUGAACGGCGGUGCUGCUCUCAUGAAGACGUUAACCGGACGAACUCCAAUCAACCCGGUGGACAAUCCAGUCAUGUCGGUCAUGGCAUUCUUAACGCAGAUGGCAGAUCCCAAAGUCGUUGCUGCAGCAGCAGGUCGGUCGAUCGAGGUCAUGCAACAGGAGAUGAGAGCCCAGCUCGAGAAAGGGAUAGGUGGAAUUGAAUCAGCCACUCCUAGGGAUCAGGACAAUGAGAAUCUUAAGUUCGAGGACACGAUGGAGGUUGAUGAGACAGCCGUGGAGAAGAAGACGACGACGCCGACCGAAGCUGCUGGCUCCACAGCUGUCGUGACUGAUAUUGCAAGUGUGGGCACUGCAACUGCCGCGGCACGAUCAAGUGGUCUCGCCUCUCAUGAAGAAAGAGAAUUGACACGAAUGAUCGGGGCAGGUGUCAAUCUAACGUUGCAGAAGUUCGAGAUGAAGAUGUCGCAGUUCUCGGAGAUGGAAGAAUUGGUCCAGUCUGAACGCAGAGACCUAGAUAAGGGUCGACAACAGUUGUUCUUGGAUCGACUGGCCUUCAAGAAAAGGAUGAAGGACAUGGAGAACACUUUCCGCCAGGCUAGCUUGAAAGCUCCCGAAGAAGGCAUGCGCAUGAUGCAGGAGGCCGUCACUAGCAACGCUGGGCAACGGUUUGGAUUUCAGGAUGGUAGCGAAGGAGAGGACGGAACAGUGACGGUUGUUACCGCAGACGCUGGUGACGGGAGGCCUGUAGAUCUUUAGUGAAGCCUGUCACGUUUGUCCCAGCGAUGGAUGGCGUUUGGGAAUGGGAGAGAGUGUCUCUCACGGACACAACCCUGGGGGAAAGGGCAUGGGUCUCGUCGAUGUGUCUCAUCGUGAUGCAUUUGCCGAGCUUGAAUUGCGCCCUCCUGGUACGGAGUAGGGAGGCCGCAUUGGAUUGAAUACCUGGUAUGUAGCACUACAAGAAUUGUCCUUCUAGAAUGCCUUAUGGCCACGAUUGUACAAGACUUGUUGGUCGGCGAGGCUGCACAUGAAACGAGCGUUGAUGCGCCUGAUUUGUUUCUCCG